GUGCACAGUGUGGUACAUAAAAAUCUCUUUCUUUAUUGCUCUAUCUCUCUUUCUCUUUCUUCGUUAAAAACUGAAACGAUCGAAAAAAUUUUCCUAACCAAGUCUGUUCGGAACAUUCAAAUCAUUGGCGUACGAAAUAAUCGACGUCCUUUGUUAAUAACAAUAGAUUCAUUGACAAAUACUGCCAUAUACGAUGGCUUUUAUCACGAAGAUUAGAAUUUUAAGUCGGAACUCAGGUAACUUGAAACAAAUUACCACAACUCUUGGAGUACAGAGACCUGCUGUAGUUUUGGCUUCCCACCCGGCCCAGAGGUUUAUUCACAUUCAGACAAAUGUUUCUGCCAAAAAAUUUAUUACUUCAACCUUUCCUCAGGUCAGUUGCUGGACAACUUACAGAUAUUAUUCAUAUCGUCCGCGACAGAAAAUGCCAGAAGAAAAAAUUAGAGAAAGAGUGAUGAAAGUAGUUGCGGCUUAUGAUAAAAUAUCAGCUGAUAAGCUUACCCUCGAGUCUCACUUCAUUAAUGACUUGGGUCUAGAUUCACUUGAUCAUGUAGAAGUAAUAAUGGCAGUUGAAGACGACUUUGGAUUUGAAAUUCCUGAUGUAGAUGCUGAAAAGCUCAUGACUCCAGCAGCUCUCGUUCGUUACAUUGCAGAUCGAGAAGAUAUUUAUGAAUAGAUCACCUAAGAAUUAUUUUUAUGAAAUCGUUAAAUCCUCUAAACCGUUGUGUCCCACGCCGUUAUGCCUGAGGACAUCAAUGAAUAUUGUAAAUACGACAGAAUUAAAAAAAAUUAUUAGAUGCUAUGGACGUUACAAAUUUACCUGUGAUGAAGAUGAAAAUGAUUUGUUCGG